UAUGUAAUUAAACUUUUAAUUCAAAAAAAAUCAAUCAAAAAUAAUACGUUUAGCUACCCGAUCAAAAAACUUAAAAAUACGUGCCGGUGAAAGCGUCAAAUAAUAAAAAAAAAAAACAGAGGGAGCAAGUAGUACAAAGGAGUACCCAGUUUAUACCAAUUUUGAUUUUAACAUGACAAUAUAACUACUCUAUACCUCACAGAAUAUAAGAAACCUUGAAUCAUGCGACUUUACAGCUUCUGACUCUUGAAAUUUUAUAUGGGAACUCUACGGGUCAUUCAAUGAGAUGCAUUCUCAAAGUUGCUCUGGAUGCAUUCAUUUAUGUCAUGGGCUAAUGGGAUUUCAAGAGUCCAGUUUAGCAUGUAUAAAUACAUGACUGAGAUGAGAUGAUGUGUUAUAGCGUUAUACUCAUUCCAUAAGUUAAGAAAUAAACAUGCCUUCAGGUCCAAAGAAGAGGAGAGCCCAGAAGAAAAAGAUUGAAGAAGCUGCUGCAGCAAGAGUGAACAAUGAGAAUGAAGCAACAAUCACAGCUAGCUUAAAAGAGAAUAGCCCUGUGAUGGAAAAGGAGAGUACUGAUGGUGUUACUGUUGUGCUUGAUGAACAAAAUAUUGGUUCUCCGAAGCGGAUAGUUCUGCGGGAGAGUAAGUUAGCCUCUGAAGUUCUUGAAAUCAAGAGAAAGGAUUCCGGUGAAGGAAAUAAGGAAAAUGAACUGCUUUCUGAAGUUUAUUCUGAUGCUCAACCGUUAAAUGUUGCUGAACCUGUUGAAAAAAUCCAUGAUGAUAAUAAUGUGGUUGGAAAAUCUUUUGCUGUUGCUGCACCUUCUGUAAUUGAACUGGAUUCUGAAGAUGAAAAUGAUGAUUCAAUGAUGUCUCGUGUUGCUUUUGAUUUGGAGGGAAAAGAGACUGGAGGCUCUAUAGAGAAUCCUGUGCCCACGGAGACUUAUUCUAGUGUUCUUGUUUCAGAAUCCCCUGAUAUGGACAGUGCAGUGAUUUCUCCGACAACAAAGCCCUGUGAUCAGGAUCUGGUUGCUGCUAAAUGUUCAAAUGCUGAAACUGCUGCAUCAAAUGAGGUGGAUGCUUCACAGAAAACAGAAGAAGCUGGUCAGGUGGAUGAGGUGGAAGCCGCGAUGAAGAAUAAUGCAGUGUCGGGAUAUGUUAAUGACACAGAGGAAAGUACUUUAGAAGCUGUUGUGAAGGAUCAAGAAACUGCUGCAGCGAAUGAGGUGGAUGCUCCAGAAACAGAAAUAAACCAAGAAGCUGCAAUAUUCGAAGAUGUUGAUGACAGUGAAAGUACUAUAAGAGAUGAUGUUUUAAGGGAGGAAACGAAGGCCACACCCAACAAUUUAGAAUCCCCUGUCUCUUCAAAGCCGGUUGUAACUUAUGAUGCUGUUUCAACUGAAUUAGUGUCGACUAGAGUCGGAAAAGAGCUAAAAGAAGUGAAAGAGAUGGUAGAGGAUGUUUUGAACCGUUUGAAUGCAAUAGAUGCAUUGUUGCAGAUGGACUUCAGUGUUUGAAGUUUGCUCUGUAAUCUGCUUUGGGAUAACAUUUUUAAUAUUAAUGUAUGCAUUUCCAUGCUUUUUCCUAUAAAUUACUACUAUUAUAUGUUUUGAAAGUACUUAUCGUUAUUCGGCCGAAGAUGUGUUAAAUUGUGUCAUUCUUUGACUUCG